AUGUCACCAUGCGCGCGACCACUGUCUGCUGCGAGCAAGUGCUUGCCUACUACUAGCACCACUGCUAGCAGCCUCCUCCCGGGCCAGCAGCUCGCCACCACCUCCGCCUUCUCCAUCUCCACCGCAGCUGCCGUCGUCAGCAGGAGGACAUAUGCCGUCCAGUCUGGCGGUGCACCCCGCUUCCAAGUCUUCAACCGACGCUCGAAGUGGCUGCAAAAGGAGCGUGCCGCGUCGAAUCCCGAGCUGAGCCGCCAGGCCGACUAUCUCAAAGAUGAGGUGGCCGUGCGCGUCACCGAGCGGUUGCUGGACAUCAAACGCCGCUUCCCGCGCGUUCUCGAUCUAGGAGCCAACUCUUGCAACAUCGCGCGAGCCCUCGUGCAGGACAACCCGAGCCCGGACCCGUCGAUGCCGCCGUCGCCACCGCUGGCAACACGGAUAGACGAGCUCGUGGCCGCCGAGUCAUCCGAGGCCCUGCUGUACCGCGACGCGGCGCACGAGUUCAACGGCCGGCUGACGAUGCGGCGCGAGGUGCUCGAGGACGAGGAGUCGCUGCCCUACCCGCCCGGGACGUUCGACCUGGUCGUCAGCUCACUGAGCAUGCACUGGGUCAACGACCUCCCCGGCGUCCUCGCCCAGAUCAACAGCGUGCUCAAGCCCGACUGCCCUUUCAUCGGCGCCAUGCUGGGAGGCGACACGCUGUACGAGCUGCGCACGUCGCUCCAGCUGGCCGAGCAGGAGAGGCGGGGUGGCAUCUCCCCGCGCGUGUCGCCCCUCGCCGACGUCCGCGACGUCGGCGGCCUGCUGCAGAAGGCCGGCUUCAAGAUGCUCACCGUCGACGUCGACGACAUCAUCGUCGACUACCCGGACUCGUUUGCCCUGAUGCAGGACCUCCAGUCCAUGGGCGAGUCCAACGCCGUCCUGGGCCGCGAGAUGGGUCCCAUCUCCAGGGAUCUGCUGCUCGCCACCGACGCCAUCUAUCGAGAGCUCCACGGGAACCCGGACGGCACGCUCCCCGCUACUUUCAGGAUAAUUUACAUGAUCGGCUGGCAUGAACCAGCAACCUCGACCACCUUUUCGUGCCAGCUGAGCAGCACGCUCAUGGCCGCCGAAGUGGACUCGUUGGCUCCGGGUCGCGAGGCCACCUGGGUGAAGCCGCCGGUAGACUCGGGCGUCAUCUUGCCGGGGGUCCUGGAAGCCUUGGGGGAUCCCGAUCCCAUUCCCUUGUAG